AUGUACUCUUGCAUUUCCAUUAAUUCAAAAGAUAGUAUUGAAGAAUUCUUAUCAUUAUACCAUUGUAAAGACUCUAAUAAAAAAAUCCUAUUAAAAAAAGAAAGAGAAAUAGUUAAAUACCUCAAAUCACUAGGCCUCUAGAUGAAAACAGAUCCACUAAUGAAAUUGUAACAGAAGAAUAACCCAAUAUUCCAAUGUGAUAACUCCUUUGAAUAUGAAACAGUAAUUGAGAAAAAGGAAUUUGAAGACGACGAUGAUGACGAUGAGAAUGAGGAACUCGUUAUAGCCAACAAUCCCCUUUAUAAAAAAAGGACCAGCAAAAAACUAAUAAGAGUUUUUUCUUUCGAGAAAAAAGAUAACAACUCGUUUGGAGAAGAUGAAUAGAACUCACUUCUAUAAAUAACCUGA